AUGUUAGAGUGUGAGCACAUAACAGAUUGAAGAAGUGAGAGAAAGAGAUGAAGAAGGUGUUUGUUUUUGCAGUUGUGGUGGUGGCAGUGGUGGCGAUGGAGGUGGCUCCGACGGCAGAGGGUGUGACGUGUAGCCCUGUGGAGCUGAGUCCUUGUUUGGGGGCAAUAACUUCGUCAUCUCCACCAUCAACUGUUUGCUGCCAGAAAGUCAGGGAACAGAGGCCAUGCCUCUGUGGUUACCUCCAAAACCCUAGUCUCAAGAAUUACGUAAACUCUCCUGGUUCCAGAAGGGUUGCUACUUCAUGUGGGAUUCCCUUCCCAACUUGUUAAUCUAAAUAAAAUCAUGUUAAGUAUUACUACCAACUUUUACAUCUCUGCGAUGAUAUCUCGGUAGUUUUUUCAGUGAUCCAAUUCAUGUAUGUAAUAAACAAUCUGUUUCAUGGUGUUGCAGCGUGCUGGUUAGCUUUAAGAAAUUAAUACGAUUGUGUUAUAUGUGUGAAUGAGAUGUUGAAGAAGACAAUGGAAUAAAUUUGGUUCUUGAUUC